CAGAGGGAAGUGACGUCUCAGGAAGUGAAAUGAGAAUAGAAGUAGAUGGUGAGCGAUGUAGCGGUGAAAUAAGACAAACGUAAUAAGACAAACAAAGAAAAAACAAAGCGGAAAAGGAGAACAACAAGCAGAGUGAAAGUAAACCUGUAAUGUGGAGGAAACGGACAAUGAGCGCAGUGUAACCGUGACAACGAGACACGAGGACGGAUUUAAAGUGAUCAUAAAAUCGUCUCCAGACGGGCGUCGUUCGUCCAGUAGGCGGGAUUAAUGCACCUGUAAGCUGAUUUGUCAAACGCCAUCAAGCCCUGAAGAAGAAUGGAGCAGGACAGCAGCACUACUGUGGUAGAGGAGCGGUGUGUGUGCAGACGUGGCUGCUGUUGAUGAAGCGGACUGAACUUGGAGGAGAAACACAAACAAAAGUAUAGAUCCCGUAACAUCAGUGUGGAUCUGAUACAGCGUCUGUAUCGCUUCUAUCGAUGCUUGUAUCGAUCCGUCCAGCCUGAGUUGAAGCAGCAAUGAGUUCAGUUCAGUAUCUGAGAGAGUUCAUCAAGGAGAGACUAACUGCUGUUUGUGAAGAAAUCUUCUCAGAGGUUGAAAAAACCAUCGUCCAGCAUGAGGAGGAGAUAAACCGUCAGCACAGACUGCUGGAUAUCAGCCGGAAACCCGACAGAAACUCACACAUCAUAGACCUCCCACGACAACAUGACUGUGAGGAAGAGGAGGGUCUGGAUGAGGAGCAGGACUGUAACCAGGAGAGGAACUCCAGUCUGGACCAGGAGGACCCAGAGCCUCCACAGAUUAAAGAGGAACAGGAGGAACUCUGCAGCAGUCAGGAGGGAGAGCAGCCUGGACUGAAGCAGGAGUCUGAAGGCAUUAUCAUCUGGACUGAUGAAGAGCAGCUCAGACAGAUGGAGACUAUCUGGAAACCUGAGAUAAAGCUAUACAGAAUAGAUGUUGUACAGCAGCAUGGUUUUGAGGAAGAAGAGGUUCUUACAGACCAGCAGGUCUGUAACCAGGAGAGGAACUCCAGUCUGGACCAGGAGGACCCAGAGCCUCUAAAGAUUAAAGAGGAACAGGAGGAACUCUGCAGCAGUAAGGAGGGAGAGCAGCUUGGACUGAAGCAGGAGGCUGAUGUCUUCAUGGUGACACCCGCUUAUGAGGAAAGUUCCCACAGUGAACCAGAACCAAAAAGUGAGCAGCUCCUUUCUCACAGCUCUUCUAGAGCAGGGAGCCGAGAUCAUGAAGAAAGCCAGCAUGUGGACUCAGGAUCUUCUAGACGUACGGAGCUAAAGAACAGACAUCACAGAAAGAGAAGUCCAAUUAGAACGGACACAAAAAACAAGUCUGUUCAAUGUGAUGUGUGUGGAAAAACUUUACCUGAUAAAUACAGAAUGACUGUACAUCUAAGAGUUCACACAGGUGAGAAACCGUAUUCUUGUAGCACCUGUGGGAAAAGAUUUUCUGACUCAUCAGCGUUAAAAAAACACAUGAGAAUUCACACAGGUGAGAAACCAUAUUCUUGUAGCACCUGUUGGAAAAGAUUUGCUGACCCAUCAGCGUUCAAAACACACACGAGAAUUCACACGGGUGAGAAACCAUAUUCUUGUAGCACCUGUGGGAAAAGAUUUACUGACUUAUCAGCUUUCAAAAAACACACAAGAAUUCACACAGGUGAGAAACCAUAUUCUUGUACCACCUGUGGGAAAAGAUUUGUCCAGAGAUCGCAAUUAAAGAAGCACAUGCGAAUUCAUCCUGGUUAAAAUGUUCAUAUUUAGAGAAUGUGGGACAGCUGUGAGUCAUUGGUGAACACUUGAAUGAAAAGAUGAUCCAUAUUGAAGUCAUUAUUUUUUUCCACAGCAGUAAAGAACUCUCAGUGUUGUUUGUUCAGUUUAUGACAUUAUUCUAUUAAUUGUAUCAGGGAAGCUGAUCUCACGUUUCUUGAUGGUUAAAGUUCGGUAUGCUCCCGUUCUAUUUAAUAGUUUUAAUCCUUUGCUAAAGUGAGUUUUUGUCAAAAUAAAAAUUCACAAAAUUGAACAACAGUCAAAAAUUGUAUUUAUUCUUGUCAGGAAGCAAAAGUAUCAAAUACCAAGUUUCAUGCUUGAAGGGGUAAGUCCCCAGUACAUCUUGUCAGUCCCACCCUCCUUUGCCUUAACCCUCUGGGGUUGACGGAUGUGCCGGCGCAUCAAAAUCACAUGACCAAUUUAAGAUGAUGCAGCGACUCAGAGUCUCCAUUGGGUCGAAAAUGCGAACUUCAGACUAUAUACCAAUUUUUGAAUUGUCUCAAUGGGCCACGUAAAACCAGAGUUAUGAUAAAAAAAAAAUACACGUGAUGUUUUUUUUAUGAACAAAACAGUGGUGUUUACAGCAGGAAGAAAGGUGAAAACUGUGUUUUCUACGGACAGCGCUAGCAAACACUCUCCACUUGCGAGUGAAAAAAGAAAAAGAGAAAACACCCCUUCCAUAUUGGUGUUAGAGUUUACCAUGUCAGCCAAUCAAAAAACUUAUAUGGCAACAUGUGACACUUGUUUAGGGAGAAGGGGAAGUUUUAGGAGGGACACCUGCGAUGGAAAGCGGGCGAGCGAAAGAAAGAGAGAGAGCGAGUUUUCAUAUGUGAGAGAUUAGUGACGUUUAGUGUGUUUGGAGCCUAUAGUUAGUGUGUUGUGUAGUUAUUGUUUUGUAUUGUGUGUUAGUUAUACUGCUGAAUGUCACAUUUGCUCCAAAAAGCCACCAAAGGCAGAUUCCAGUGUAAACGCUGUUCCCACAUGGAAAACAGGACUGAUACACCCUUCUGUCAGACCUGCAGGGUUUAGGCCUGUGGUGUUCUCCUCUGUCUUAUACUGAACACAAACUAUUUUUUUUGGACUGGCACAAAUAAUUUGUGUGCAUUCUUAUUUGAUGCGGCACACCUGAUUGUUCUGUAAAUA